AUGGCAACAUUAAUUAGUGGUAAAGAAAAUUGUGUUAAAUGUGAAAAAGAAAGAGCAACAUCAAGAUGUACAGGAUGUUUACAAUAUUUUUGUUACAAUCAUUUUAAAGAUCAUCAUCAAGAAUUAAAUAAACAACUUGAUGAAAUUGAAGUUAGUCGUGAUAUAUUUAAACAAAUACUUGAUCUACAAAUAAAUCGAACAAAUCAUGGUUUAAUAUUAAAACAAAUCGAUGAAUGGGAAGAAAAUUCAAUAAAAAUUAUUCAACAAACAGCAAAUGAAUGUCGAGAAAUCGUAUUUCAAUAUGCUAAUAGAGAUAUUCAUCAGAUUGAAGUUAAUUUAAUAAAAUUAACUGAUCAACUAACAGAAAUGCGUCGAGAAGAUGAUUUUAAUGAAAUUGAUAUAAAAGAAUUGGUAGAAUCAUUAAGUCAUUUAAAAGAUCAAUUAAAGGAAACAAAAGAAGAACCUAAUCCACCGUCUAAUCUUUCAAUUCAACAAACAUUUACACCACUUGUUAAUAAAAUUUCUGUUAUAAUACCUUCUCCGCAACCGCCUUCUUCUCUGAACACGAAAACUCGUAUUAAAUGGAAACAAUAUGGAAUUACAGUUGCCGGUGGAAAUGGAAAAGGCAAUCGUUUCAAUCAAUUCAGUUCUCCUCGUGGGAUUUAUAUUGAUGAUGAUGAACAAAGUAUUUAUAUUGCUGACUAUGAAAAUCAUCGUGUUAUCGAAUGGAAACCUGACGCUAUGAAUGGUUUAGUUGUUGCUGGUGGAAAUGGACAAGGAUAUUCUUUAGAUCAAUUGGAUCGACCUACAGAUUCAAUUCUUGAUAAAAAAAAUAAUGGUCUUAUUAUUUGCGAUCGAGGAAAUCGGCGAGUGAUACAAUGGUCUUCUCAAAAUGAAAAAAAACAAGAAAUACUCAUAUCGAAUAUUUAUUGUUCUCGUGUAGCAAUGGAUAAUGAAGGAUGUCUUUAUGUUUCUGAUUGGGAUAAAAAUGAAGUAGUAAGAUGUAAACCAGGAGAAUCUCAUAGAUUAAUUGUAGCAGGUGGACAUGGAAAAGGAGAACAUCGUAAUCAAUUAAAUUCACCUACAUAUUUAUUUGUUGAUCAAGAUCGUACUGUUUAUGUAUCAGAUUAUCAUAAUAAUCGUGUAAUGAAAUGGAAAGAAGGUGCAAGAAAAGGAACUAUUGUUGCUGGUGGUCAAGGUCAAGGACAUAGUCGUUCACAAUUAGAUCAUCCUCAAGGAAUCGUUGUUGAUCAAUUGGGUAAUGUUUAUGUAGCUGAUUGUUGGAAUCAUCGAGUAGUGUGUUGGCGACCAGGUGCAAAAAAAGGUAGCGUUGUUGUUGGUGGAAAUGGAAGAGGAGAUGCUUCAGAUCAGUUUCAAUAUCCUGUGGGUUUAUCAUUUGACCGAAAAGGUAAUCUUUAUGUUGUUGAUCAGAGUAAUCAUCGUGUACAAAAAUUUCAUAUUGAUAAUGAUGAUUAA